ACAAUUUGUUGCUACAAAUUAUUGAAAGCUGCUGCAACUUUAUGAAUUCCAAUUCCAAUGCCUGUCGCCUAAUUAAGCCGCUUGGGCGCCUAGAACAGGCAACACUCACAAUCGGUUAUGGCGCUUGUGGCAAGUUUGGGCUACGCAUUGCGACAAGCGCGCUUAGUGUCCAAAUUUGCAAUCGUCGUCUAACUGUUGAACAGCAUCUGGUUUUUGGUUUUGCUUUGGCCAAUUUCCGGUGAACGACAGCUUGAGUUGGCCGCUCUUAGCCAACUUGGCUAACUUGGCUGUCUCCCGCGCGCUGUGACAAACAAAAAUGCGUGGCAAGGUCGUCAGUUGCAUUUGUUAAACGAGUCACGCAGUCAACUGUUGGCAAAAUCCAACACAAUUUGAAUAAGGUUACAGUCUUUUUUAUAUACUAUAUAGCUUAUAUAUUAGAUGCAUUACAAGAUCUGUGCAGACAGUUACAAUCACGUAGGUGAAAACGUAAAACUUUUUAUGCUUUUUUUGUUACUCCGCACGCAUCGAUAAUUGAAACUUUCGACUGCGAUUGGGCGCUGGCAAAAGUUUAUAAUUAAAAGCGGUUGAAAUGCAAAUUAAUUAAGCUAUGUUUAACUUACUGUUUAGUAGGCUAAACUAAUUCUUAGUCGUUUUGUUGUUAACUGCAUUACAAUUAACGAAAAUGCCCAAAAAAACUGCCGCAAAUCGCAUUCACUUUCUUAGCCAUGGCUAGGCAGACGCCACGCGUUGCUGGCCAUGUAUCCAAAAAAAAAAACAGUUGACAACAGCAAUGUGUGAAACGUGCUGCGCAUUUGGAUCACAGGCGCAGACGCAGCCGUAGCCGCUGCCGUAGCCGUAGCCAAGUGUCAUCAGCUGUUGCCCCCUCCAUGCAAAUUUUGCAAAUUGUAUCAUUCGGGAGCGGGCGGUAUAAAAGACGUCGCUGCUUUUGGUAUGGCAUGUCAGUUCAGUUUUGUUAACCGACAGUGAUAAUCCAAACAAUCCCCCAAGCCGCACAAUGAAUCCUUUGACGGUUGUUGCAGUUCUAUCCACCUUGGCGCUGUCUGCGCAGGCGCAUGCUCCACUGGCUGCUCCAUUGGCCGCUGCUCCAGCACCUUACUUUGCACCCGCCGCGUACUCCGCGCCUUUGGGCUUGGCUCAUCCCGCUGCAUACUCCGCGCCUUUGGGACUUCCCCAUCCAGCUGCCUACUCCGCACCCUUGGGCGUCGCUCAUCCAGCUGCCUACUCCGCACCUUUGGGCGUCGCUCAUCCAGCUGCCUACUCCGCGCCUCUGGGCUAUGCUGCGCCUGCUGCUCUAACUGCUCCUUUCGGCUACUCCGCACCUUUGGUACACAAGACUUUCGCCGCUGCUCCUCUGGCCGCUCCAGUUGCUGCUCCUCUGGCUGCCCCUCUGCCCGCUCCCGUUGCCCCUGUGCUUGCCAAGACUAUUGCUGCUCCUCUGGCUGCGCCAGUUGCCGUUGCUCCAGUUGCCGCUGAUGUUGUCGAUGCUUACCCACAGUACAAGUUCGCCUACGAUGUGCAGGAUGCGCUGACCGGUGACUCCAAGACACAGGAGGAGACACGCGAUGGCGAUGUGGUGCGCGGCUCCUACUCGCUGAUUGAGGCCGAUGGCUCGCGUCGCAUUGUCAGCUACUAUGCCGAUGACAUCAAUGGCUUCAACGCCGUCGUCCAGAAGGAUGUGCCCGUGGCUGUGGCGCCAGUUGCGCCAGUUGUUGCCAAGCUCUCAGCGCCUGUUGUUGCCGCUCCAGCUCCGCUGCUUGCCAAGACGCUGGCAGCACCCAUUGUUGUCUAAGGACUUGCAGCUCGACAAAGGACUUUCAUUUGUACAUAUUCGAUAAAUCAUUGUCGUGCUUAAAAAACAAACUUUCAUCGCCUAAACAAAAAUUUAAAUAAAU